AUGGUGGCGACCCUGGUGGUCAAGACGUUCAAGCCGGGGGUCAUAUCGACCCCCGAGGACUUCCGGGAGCUGCUGCUGGAGGCCGGCAAACUGGCGCGCCUUGAUCACCCGCACAUCCCUCGCUUCUACGGCCUGGGCUGCUUCCACCACUCCACCCUGGCCGCCGUCCGCGCGUCCGUCUUCAGCGCCGAGGAGUUCGUCGGCACCCGCUGCCUGCGGCGCCUUCUGGCCGAGCAGAUGCGCAGCCCGCGGCCCCUGUACGACAUGCGCUGGGCGCUGCGCUGGGCAGCCCAGAUCGCCGACGCGCUGGCGCUGCUGCACGCGCAGCGGCCGGUGUACAUACACGGUGACGUCACCGCCGACAAUGUGUUUAUAGAGGACCAUCGCCACCUGGCGGAAGCUGCUGUGAAGCUGGGGGACCUGAAGCCGCACAGGCACAUAUACGACAGGACGACCGGCCUGCUGAGCCUGGCCACGCCGCCGGGGGCGGCAUCUGCCGGGAAGCUGCACGUAAGCGGCGGCGGGUUCGAGCAGAGCUCACUGGCGCGGUACUCGCUGCGGGACGCGAGCGGCGGCGGCGCGGCCGCGCACGACGGCGGUAGCAACGGCGGCAGCGGUAGUGGCAGCAGCCGCGGCAGCAGCGGCGGGGCGGGCGGGGAGGCGGUGUAUGGGCGCGUGCGGCUCGGCAGCGUGGCGACGGAUGACAACAGGCUGCAGCAGCAGCAGCAGCAGCAGCAGCAGCAGACGCCGGGCCGGCGGCGAGGCGACAGCCGCGGCCGCGAUAGCGGCGGCGGCGGCGGCGGCGGCGCGGGCCGUGUCCCCGGCAAGCGACGGCGGCGGCAGCAGCGGCGGCGGCGACAGCCGGUCGACGCCCCUUGA